ACACAGACACACAGACAGACAGAGACAGGGAGCGGCUCUCAAUCCAUCAGCACAAUCCCUGGGAACAGGCUCCGGCUGCAAUGGAGCUGACACCGUUUGCUGUUCUGAACUGCUCCCUGUGUGAGGAUAACAGCCAGAACAGGGAGUUUUACUCUGCUCAAUGGGAGGAUCAGAUCAUGAGAACUCGACCUGAACACUGGUGCACUGUGAGUGAGCUGAAUGGUGCCCAGAAGGAGAGUUAUGACAGGAGAUCCCAGGUGACCUACUUGGUGCAGCGAAGCCCGGCCAACCUGAUGAGGAUGGGCUGCCUGGGGGAGAAGCUCACUGAGUACCGCCUGCCUGCCCGCAGCGUGCUGCCAUUGGCAAUCUUCACACCGACUCAGAUCAGCACGAAAAUGGAACGGGCAGUGACUCCCCCAGAGCUGAGGGGGGUCAUGGAGUUCGAGUCGGCUCUGAAUGGGAGAUGUCAGGACAAGAGAGAGGUCUCGGACAUCACCAAAGAACUUCCUCCGGUCAUACAGCCUGUCAAACUGGAUGGCAAGAAACCUGGCAUGGUUCAAAGAUCCCUGUCCAGAUCGAUGUCCCAGGAGGCCCAGAGAGGCUGAGAGUGAUGGGGAAUGGACCUGGAAGGGGCUGGAGAUGCACUGUUAAAGGGACAGGGUUGAUAUAAGAUGCACUGAAGUAACGUGAUUUUAUUGUAACAGAUGCUUAUGACUUAUUG